AUGAGGCUGCGACUGCUGGUGUCCGCGGGCAUCCUGCUGAUGGCUCUGUCACCCAGCCCUCCGUGCGGGGCCCAGCUGAGCAGGGGACCCGUCCCAGGCGCUCCGCGGUCCCCGCAGCCCCUGAAUUUCCUGCAGCCAGAAGAGCCCCAGCAGCCCCAGCCGGUUCUGAUCCGCAUGGGAGAAGAAUACUUCCUCCGCCUGGGGAACCUCAACAGGGGCCCCACUGCUCGGCUGUCGCCCGACUCCUCGCCCCUCUCCGCGGGUCGCGACAGCCGCCCCUCGCAGGACCAGGCAGCCGCUAACUUUUUCCGCGUGCUGCUGCAGCAGCAGCAACAGCAGCAGCAGCCGCAGCCGCAGCAGCAGCAGCAGCAGCAGCAGCAGAUGCCUCAGCGCUCGCUCGACAGCCGCGCGGGGCCGGCGGAGCGCGGCACCGAGGACACCCUCGGCGACCACCAGGGGGCGCGGGAGAGGGUGAAGCGGGCCGAGCCGGCCCUCUCUGUGGAUCUCACCUUCCACCUUCUGCGGGAAGUCUUGGAAAUAGUCAAGGCAGACCAGUUAGUGAAGCAAGCUCACAGAAACAGGAAACUGUUGGAGAUGGCUGGGAAAUGA